CAUACAACAUCUCUUCAGCCUUCUGUUUCUCCCUACAGAUCCGUACAUUGUGUUUACCAUCCUACGUAUUUGAUUUUAAAUACAAGACACGCAUAAUCAUCAUCACGAUUAAGAAGUAACACAAUUAAUUGUUCCAUCAUUAUAUCUGCGACAAUCGAUUUCCGCUCACAAUCAACAUGGACCAAAUGAUGCCGGGCGACGGCGGCCGCAACCCGCUGGAGGCGUGGUUCUGGGAGAUGCCGAUAUGCACACGAUGGUGGACGACGGCGACGGUAGUGACAAGUGCACUAGUUCAAUGCCAAAUGGUCACCCCGUUCCAGCUAUUCUACAGCGUGCGCACUGUAUUUCAGAAGGGAGAGUAUUGGCGUUUAUUAUCCACAUUUCUAUACUUCGGCCCAUUCUCCCUCGAUCUCCUAUUCCACGUCUACUUCCUCCAAAGAUAUGCCCGUCUCCUCGAAGAGUCGUCAGGACGAUCGCCAGCCCACUUCUCAUGGCUCCUGAUGUACUCGAUGGCCUUCCUCAUCGUCCUCUCGCCGAUGGUAUCCAUGCCCUUCCUCGGACACCCUCUAUCGUCAACACUGGUCUACAUCUGGUCGCGACGGAACCCCAACACUCGCUUGAGUUUCCUAGGCUUGGCUGAGUUCACAGCACCUUACCUCCCCUGGGUGUUGAUGACCUUCAGCCUCGUUAUGCACGGGACUGUCCCCAAGGAUGAGAUCAUGGGUGUUGUUAUCGGCCACAUCUGGUACUUCUUCACGGACGUAUAUCCCCCGAUGCACAACGGCUCGAGGCCUCUGGACCCGCCGAUGUGGUGGCGCCGCCUAUUCGAGCGCAGGCAGCAGAGGGACGAUACGGCUAAUGCGAUCCAUAACGAGUUCGCGGUAGCGGGAGGCCCGGAGCUUGCCGCGGCAGAAAUGCGAUAAAAGCAGAAGGUGACAAGCAGGCUUGGCGAUGGUGCUUAUGACUAUCAUGCCCUCAUUUGCGGCGUUUGGGAGCAGACUUUUACGACAACCUAUUACGGUGGCACUUCAUAGGGAACAUUACGACGGCGUUUAUGGUUGAGAUGCGGCAGGCGAAGCUGACGACCUUUUGUACAUACACCUCGGAAGGCCUCUCGCAGCUCAUCAUUGAGCAUCCACGGGAAUGCAGAAAAUGUGUUCCAGCCUUCUCAACAUCAUACAGAGGCAGGCUUUAGGUUAGACUUUGCGAAGUACUUGCUAGAAUACACAC